GGAGUUGAGCACGCCACCUAAACAAUCCAGCGGUAUUCUUGUGAGUAAACAUCAAAGCGAGGCUAUCGGGUCAACAUCGAUCAGAUUUGUGUGAGAAAGUGAGGAAAACUUAUGGAGUGUUCCACAAAUCUUCCACAAGCGGCCUUUUUUUCCGCUGAGGAGAAAGUGCAGUUGAUAAGUGGUAAUUGCCCACGGCAUAUUACUAAAGAAAAACUCAAAGAAUGGUUGUCAUUCCGCAAAGGGACGGCUAAAGAUGGUAGUGCACGGUCUGAAGCAACGAAGGCUGAGUUAUCUCAAAGGGUCAUCAGUUAUAUAAAAAAUGGUUGGGAGAAUAAUUUUACGGAGAAGUGGCAACACUUGGCGGCAAGUAAACCACUGGAGCAAACGGCGACCGUCAAUUGUGAUUUCCCUGGAUCUGCACAAUGGGUUUCGCCGGUUGACGCGAAGGACGAUGUCCCUUCAUUUAAUAUUCAGAAUAUCGUGUCUUACUUUAUUGAAAGAAAAGCUAAAGACAAUGAAUCCAACAAAGAUUUCAAGAAUGUCAGCAGCAAAGCUUUCGGUUUGUUUCGACAUGGUCAUAUCCAAAAACUGGAAAUCGCACGGGACGACGACGAAAAAAUUCAUUUUCGAUAUUCAAAGCCCUACUUGGCCCAGGUUUAUAUUUGUGCUUGA